AUGGUACCAGACAACCACAUGCCCAGGGGCUGUUCCGUGGACACCUGGGACUGCAGCUCCCUGGGCCUCGAGGUAGAAAGGGUCUGGGCAGGCCUGUACGCCCUUGCCUUCCUGGGCUCCUGUGGCCAUCAAGCCACGCAUGGCCAUCCUGCGUCUUCUUCCCUGAGGGCUGACAAAGCCCCGUGCGGCUCCCCCGGCCACUCCAGCUCCACGUCUAUGAGCCCAUUGACAGCCUUGUCCACAGGGAAGCCAAUGGACAGCCACCCCAACUACACGGACACCCCCGUGAGUGCCCCACGGACUCUGAGCGCAGUGGGGACGCCCCUCAAUGCCCUGGGCUCUCCAUAUAGAGUCAUCGCCUCUGCCAUGGGCCCACCCUCAGGAGCACUGGCUGCACCUGCGGGAAUCAAUCUGGUUGCCCCGCCCAGCUCUCAGCUAAAUGUGGUCAACAGUGUCAGCAUUUCAGAGGACAUCAAGCCCUUACCAGGGCUUCCUGGGAUUGGAAACAUGAACUACCCAUCAACCAGCCCCGGAUCCCUGGUUAAACACAUCUGUGCCAUCUGCGGGGACAGAUCCUCAGCGGAGGAAACCAGUAUGGACCGAGGAGGUGAGUUUUCCAAGGUCCCAGAGUUGUCCUGGGCACGUGGUAACAUCUGCCUGUCCUCUCGUGUGCCAGCUGUGCAAGAAGAAAGGCAGAGGAGCCGGGAGCGGGCCGAGAGUGAGGCCGAAUGUGCCAGUAGUGGCCAUGAAGAUAUGCCUGUGGAGAGGAUUCUAGAAGCUGAGCUUGCUGUUGAACCAAAGACGGAAUCCUAUGGUGACAUGAAUAUGGAGAACUCGACGAACGACCCUGUCACGAACAUAUGCCAUGCUGCUGAUAAGCAGCUUUUCACUCUUGUCGAAUGGGCCAAGCGCAUCCCCCACUUCUCUGACCUCACCUUGGAGGACCAGGUCAUCCUGCUCCGGGAUCUGCAUCCUUCGGCCAUCGCUUAUAUGUCCACUGCAGCAGCUUCCACAGCCAGCUGGGUCGGGUUCAUCUUUGACAGAGUCCUGACUGAGCUGGUCUCCAAAAUGAAAGACAUGCAGAUGGACAAGGCGGAGCUGGGGUGCCUGCGGGCCAUCGUGCUGUUUAACCCAGAUGCCAAGGGUCUGUCCAACCCCUCGGAGGUAGAGACUCUGCGAGAGAAGGUUUAUGCCACCCUCGAGGCGUACACGAAGCAGAAGUAUCCGGAACAACCUGGCAGGUUUGCCAAGCUGCUGCUGCGCCUCCCGGCCCUGCGCUCCAUUGGCCUGAAGUGCCUGGAGCACCUGUUUUUCUUCAAGCUCAUCGGGGACACGCCGAUUGACACCUUCCUCAUGGAGAUGUUGGAGACCCCGCUGCAAAUCACCUGA